UAAUUUACCGGCCAAAGGGGGCAGAAAUUGAUUUUUUUUAUUCUUACACGUAGACCCUUUAAGCAUUGUGCAAAGCAUUACAAUAUGAAUACCGAAUCAUCAUUCUACACAUAUAAAUAUAUAUUAUUUUUUUUCUUUAUUAGGUUCCUGGACCAAAAUUGAUCUCAUCCAAUGCAACAAUGAGAAGUGUAUGCCGUUGAACCAAAAGCUAUCCAGAUUGAAAAACAUACCCAGGAAUUAGCCUAGCAGCUUCUCCUGAAAUCAAUAUUGAUCAAAAUGGCUAUUUCAACAAGCAAACUGUUGAUAUUAACAUUGGGACAUUUAGUAAACUUCUCUUAUCAGUACAGCUUUCAAAAUUGCAAUGGAGCUGAAAACUCAAAUAAUCAAACAUUUGUUUGCUACAAUCGCCACAACAUGAACAUAUCUAGAAUUGUGGGUGACCUGCCAGCGUCUGCCCUCAACAUCACCAUCCCCUUUAAUCAAGUCUCCUACAUUCCCACAGGGAGCUUUCAACGUUUUUUAAAACUGGAAAAACUUAACUUGGGCCACAACCAAUUAAAGUUGAUUGACGGGCUGGUUUUCCGGAACCUGCAUCACCUUAAGUCCCUCAAUUUGUCCAUAUCAAAACUCAACAGCUCAGUUUUCCAUGACCUUGACAACCUCACUUCUCUGUCACUGGAAAGUAACUCGUUGACUGAUCUCCCAGAGAGUCUCUUCCUCAGCACCCCUCGCCUGAAUACCUUGAACCUAAGAGAAAACCAUCUGAACAAUUUCUCUGUCAUUGCGCAAUCCAUUUCAGCCCUAAACAAUCUGACAAACCUAGAUCUUUGCUUUAACAAAUUGACAUCACUCAGUAAUUUAAACAUUGUAUUGCCUGAAAGCCUCACUUCAUUGUAUGCAUGUGGAAAUAAGUUGUCAUUGUGUUCAUUUCUCAUACACAUCAAGCGCCUAGAUUUAUCACACAACUUUGCACUCUCGACUAAUGCUUUCAAAGGAGUAAACCUAACACAGAUACGCUAUUUACGGAUGUAGAGUUUUCGAAUAAGAACAAUGUUAAUGCUAAGUAUGUGGACUUCUCUGGCUUGGGCUUAACCAACACAAGUCUGAUC